UGCAGACGCUGCGUUCGGCCGGUAAGACCUACAUGGUGUUCUUCGUGGUGGUGAUCUUCUUGGGCUCCUUCUACCUGGUCAACCUCAUCCUGGCCGUGGUGGCCAUGGCGUACGAGGAGCAGAACCAGGCCACCAUCGCCGAGGCCAGCCAGAAAGAGCGGGAGUUUCAGAUUGCAAUGGAGAUGCUGAAGAAGGAGCAGCAGGUUGCCGCCCAGAAACUCCUCGACUCGGACUCCAUAAUGUCACCAGAUCUCUCCCCGUUCGGUCUGCCAUUGGACGGCGUGGAGGAGCAGAGGCGGAGUCAGGCGCUGGUGGGAGUGGCCGACGUGGAGGCGAACCAAUCGGAGGAGAAGCUGCUACAGGUGGACAUGACGGACGGGGGAAAGCCUCUCCACCCUCUCCUCGCUCGCUCCUUCUCCUCGAGGACUCGGCGAAGCAGCCAGGUCUCCUCCAUCUUCAACUUCCGUCUGAGGAGCCGGGGGUCGGAGGGAGAGAUGGCCGACGACGAGUACAGCGUCCCGGGCGACGUGGUGGAGGGCGUCGGGGGUCGGACCUACAGCGGCGGGACCUUCAGCGGCAUCCUGCCUCACCCGUGGCCCAAACGAAGACUGAGCACCUACAGCAACGCCAGCAGGAACUCCCAGGUAUUCUAUCCAACUCUAAACGUCAACGGGAAGCUUUUUGUUGCAAUUGACCAGAACGGGGUUUCCCCACCUUCGCUGCAGGGGCAGCUGCCUGCCUGCACCAUGGAGAAGGUCAAGGAGGAGAGUGUGAGUACCGUGUGUGUGUGUGUGUGUGUGUGGGUGUGUGUGUGUGUGUGUGGAAACAGUGAUGGAGUCCGCAGCCGUUCAACACUCAGACAUCUGAAUUAUGAAUCAGUGCUUUGCGUAACUCCACUCUGAUAUCAUGUGCUAAAGACACACACACACACACACACACACACACACACACACACAUACACAUAUCUACCAUCUCAGAUAACAAUUCCCCCCACCCCCCCACCCCCCACACACACACACACGCUCAUGUCAGAGCACACAUCGUGUCACUGCUAUGGCAUCAGGGGAAAAAGACACACAUACCAGCUCAGGCACGUUAUGAGUUUCCUUUAUGCACACACACACACACACACACACACACACACACACACAUUGCACGUAUACAUUUCUAUUUCACAAGUUCCAGGUUCUUCGAAGUCACCUGAUUAUUUUAAUUACAAGUUAUUACAGAUUAAUUUAAGACCACAUGACAUCUGUU